UCUCUAAUUUCACUUUCUUUUAAAUAAUUUUUCUUGACUCGAGACUGGUGGCCGAAUGAGACUUUGUCUAUCUUUCCCACGCUCAAUCUCAAAUCUCAGCGCUUUUCAAUUUCGUUAUCGGACUUCUCUGCUAACCCUAGUUUCCGCCAUGGCUGGAACUGGAGAAGAUCAAUCGUCCUUCUCCGUCAACUCUGAUGGUUCUGUGGUCGAUUCGUCCAAGUCUCAAGUCGACGGAGGCGUGGCAGUUGCGGAUGCGGAUGACUUGAAGUACGGAUUCCAGAGACCUGAAAUGUACAAGAGCUCUCUCGCUGGAACUGUCGAUCCCUACGACCGUCAUGUCUUUCUCUGCUACAAGAAUGCCGAGAGCUGGCCUUCUCGAGUCGAAGACGCAGAAUUCGAUCGACUACCCAGACUUCUCGCUGCUGCUCUUAAAUCUCGCAAGGACGAAAUUCAAGGAAAGAUUCGUUUGACGAUAUGCGAGGGGCGGGAUGGAACAGAGUCUUCAAACGGAGAUAUAUUAAUCUUUCCUGAUAUGGUCCGAUAUAGGGGCUUGACACACUUUGACGUCGACCAUUUCGUUGAAGACGUGCUCGUAAAAGGCUCGGCGUGGGUUUCUGGAGCUCCUGAAGCCUUAACCGGCUCACACAUAUUCGUGUGCUGUCAUGGUAGUCGAGACCGGAGAUGCGGUGUUUGUGGGCCGGCCCUGGUCGAUAAGCUUAAAGAAGAUAUUGAAUCACGGGGACUGAAGGACCAGGUAUUCGUCAGUCCAUGCUCUCACAUUGGGGGGCACAAAUAUGCUGGGAACUUGAUAAUUUUCAGUUCGAAUUUGGAAGGAAAAGUUGCUGGUCAUUGGUAUGGUUAUGUUACCCCUGAUGAUGUUCCCACUUUGCUGGAGCAGCAUAUUGGCAAGGGAGAAGUCAUAGAACGGCUAUGGAGGUAAUUGUGAAUGUUUCUAUUCCACGCACUCUUCUUUUGUCCCAAAAUGCCGCGCUGAGGUUUAUCUUGAUA